AUGCUUACAGGAGGGAACGUCGACAGGCCAAAGUUGCAACGAAGGAGCGGGAUACUUGCACCCGCAAUUUUCCUGGCAAUCGCCACAUUUUUCGCGGCAGGCCGAGAGGCCUUUGCCAUCCUCAGCCGUUCUCAGAACGUAGACUCGCUGGCUAGAAGCCGCCAUCUACGAGGACAUCGCAUAGCUCGCAGAGCUGAGGUGCAGGAGCUCGAGGAUGUAGAGGAGGACGAAGAGCCUGAGCUGGAUGUGGAUCUGGACAAGGAUCCCAACUGGCUGAAAGUCAAGCAGGAAAUGGGCCGGAUUUGGGACAUGCGAUACGAGUCGGAAGACUGGAUCCUCGCGGACGAUGUGAAAGGGAUCAUGGAUGAGCACCUACAAACCAUCAUUGGCAAAAAGAAUUACCUGGAGAUGGAGGAGGUUUUCGUUGAGGUAGCUGACGAGGAGCCUAAACCCGGUGAGAUCAGCAAGGAAGAUUUCACCGAGAUUGCUGGCGCCUACGUCUUUGGCACGCUGUAUCGCCAGUGA